GGGUCUUUUUUUGUCCCUUACUGCGUGCGGUACCAGCUUCCCUGCGGAAGUAGUCGUGUGUGAGGGAAGAUGGCUGCCGCUGUGGUGGCGGCACCUGGUGCGAUGACCGGUCGAACCAACAAGCGUGGUGGCGGCGGGCCGGGAGGUGGCGGCGGCGGCGGCGGCGGCGGCGGCGGCGGCGCCAGAGGGACGGAGGAGGAACCGCCGCCGCCCCUUCAAGCCGUUCUGGUGGCGGACAGCUUCAACCGCCGCUUCUUCCCGGUCUCCAAGGACCAGCCUCGGGCCCUCUUGCCCCUGGCCAAUGUGGCAUUAAUUGACUACACUCUGGAAUUCCUGACUGCCACAGGUGUACAGGAAACCUUUGUCUUUUGCUGCUGGAAGGCUGCUCAGAUCAAAGAACAUUUACUAAAAUCCAAGUGGUGCCGUCCUACAUCCCUCAAUGUGGUUCGGAUAAUUACAUCAGAGCUGUAUCGAUCACUUGGAGAUGUCCUCCGUGAUGUAGAUGCGAAGGCCUUGGUCCGCUCUGACUUUCUUCUAGUCUAUGGGGAUGUCAUCUCAAACAUCAAUAUUACCAGAGCCCUGGAGGAACACAGGUUGAGACGGAAGUUAGAAAAAAAUGUAUCUGUGAUGACAAUGAUCUUCAAGGAGUCAUCUCCAAGCCACCCAACUCGUUGCCAUGAGGACAAUGUGGUGGUGGCUGUGGACAGUGGCACAAAUCGGGUUUUACACUUCCAGAAGACCCAGGGCCUCCAGCGCUAUUCAUUUCCUCUGAGCCUGUUCCAGGGCAGUGGAGAUGGAGUGGAGAUUCGAUAUGAUUUACUAGAUUGUCAUAUCAGCAUCUGCUCUCCUCAGGUGGCUCAACUCUUCACAGACAAUUUUGACUACCAAACUCGAGAUGACUUUGUGCGAGGCCUAUUAGUAAAUGAGGAGAUCCUAGGGAACCAGAUUCACAUGCAUGUAACAAGUAGGGAAUAUGGUGCCCGGGUUUCCAACCUCCACAUGUACUCUGCUGUUUCUGCUGAUGUCAUCCGCCGAUGGGUCUACCCUCUCACUCCAGAAGCGAACUUUACUGACAGCCCUACACAGAACUGCACUCAUUCCCGACACAACAUUUACCGUGGGCCUGAGGUCAGCCUGGGCCAUGGCAGCAUUCUGGAGGAAAAUGUGCUCCUGGGCUCUGGUACUGUCAUUGGCAGCAAUUGCUCCAUCACCAACAGUAUCAUUGGACCUAGCUGCCACAUUGGUGAUAAUGUGGUCCUGGACCAGGCCUACCUGUGGCAAGGUGUUCGAGUAGCUACUGGAGCACAGAUCUACCAGUCUCUUCUCUGUGACAAUGCUGAGGUCAAGGAACGAGUUAUACUGAAGCCACGCUGUGUCCUAACUUCCCAGGUGGUAGUAGGACCUGGUAUCACACUGCCUGAGGGAUCGGUCAUCUCUUUGCACCCUCCAGAUGCAGAUGAAGAUGAGGAUGAUGGCCAGUUCAGUGAUGAUUCUGGGGCCAACCAAGAAAAGGAAAAAGUGAAGCUGAAAGGUUACAAUCCAGCAGAAGUAGGUGCCGCAGGCCAAGGCUACCUCUGGAAAGCUGCAGACGUAAACGCAGAGGAAGAAGAAGAACUACGGCAUAGUCUAUGGGGACUCACAAUCAACUUGGAAGAAGAGAGUGAAACUGAAAGUGAGCGAAGUAUGGAUUCUGAGGAGCUAGACAGCAGGGCUGGCUCCCCUCAGUUGGAUGACAUCAAAGUGUUUCAGAAUGAAGUUCUGGGAACAUUACAGCGAGGCCAGGAGGAGAACAUUUCUUGUGACAAUCUAGUCUUGGAGAUCAACUCUCUCAAGUAUGCUUACAACAUAAGCCUAAAGGAGGUAAUGCAGGUACUGAGCCAUGUGGUCCUGGAGUUCCCCUUGCAACAAAUGGAUUCCCUACUUGACCCAAACCGCUACUGUGCCCUGUUGCUUCCUUUGCUCAAGACCUGGAGCCCUGUUUUUAAGAACUAUAUAAAGCGUGCUGCUGACCAUUUAGAAGCAUUAGCAGCCAUUGAGGACUUCUUUCUGGAGCAUGAAGCAUUUGCUACUACCAUGGCCAAGGUCCUGAUGGUUUUCUACCAGCUGGAGAUUCUGGCUGAGGAAACAAUCUUGAGCUGGUUCAGCAAAAGGGAUAUAACUGACAAAGGUCGACAGUUGCGCAAGAAUCAGCAGCUGCAGAGGUUCAUCCAGUGGCUAAAAGAGGCAGAAGAGGAGUCAUCUGAUGACUGAAGUCGCAAAGCCUACUUCUGUGGUGUGCUUGGUUGCCCUCCCGACUCCUGGAACAGGACAAGUGAGGAGCUAGCUACAGAAAGAUCAGUGAUGACCACCGAGGCUGAGUUAAAGGAACAGAGGCUGGACUGUAGUGUUCUUCCCACCACCAGCAACCAUGUGCCUCCCAUCCUGCAGGGGGAGUUGGGAUGAGGGAAGUUUGGGCUGGAACAAAGCUCUGACUCAGGGAGAAGCUAGAUAGCCCCUACAGGUGGAAGAAGGCCAGAAGAACAGCUUUCUGAUUGGCUUUCCCUCAGGAAACACCAGAAUGCAUCUGGCCCUCUUUGCUGCUUGUAUUUGUUAAUAUUAAAGAGAGAGAGGAUAGAG